GUGAGCAAACUUAACUACUUGGCCCCGGGGCCAGCCCCCAACUCCGACUUUUAAAUGCUUUUUUCUCUUGGCUUCUGUAUUAGUUUUCUAUCACUCUUAGAACAGAUUGCCACAAAACUAGUUGUUUAACGCAACACCUGUUUCUUUUUUCAUGGUUCUAUAGGUUAAAAGUCCAAUUCUGGUCUCACUGAGCUAAAAUCAAGCUGUUAGCCUUACUGGAGGCUCUGGAAGAAUUCACUUCAAAGCUCCUUCAGGUUGUUGGCGGCUGCAGAUCCUUGCAGCUCAAGGCCACAGGUCCCUGUGUCCUUGCUGGCUGUCAGCCAGUGACCUCCCUUAGGUCUUAGAGGCCUCUUUCUGGUCCUUGCACACGGGCCCCUACAUCUCAGAGCCAACCACAGCAUGCCGAGUCCUCCUUGUGCUUGAAAUUUUCUUUUUUCCUCUUCUGCUGAAUUGCUGACUCCAGCCAGGGAAAAUUCUCUCCUGUUAAGGGCUCAUGCGAUUAGAUGGGCCCCACUGGAUAAUUCAGGUCCAUGAUGGUAAUUACGUCUUCAAAGUCCCUUUUGCUAUGUUAGGUAACACAUUCACAGACUCACAGAAUUAGGGCAUGGAUAUCUUUGGGGGCCGUUCUGCCUGCCACAGCUUUCUUGUGACCACACUCUCCUGGUUUCCUCCUACCUCACUGGCUGUUCCUUCUCAGUCAUCUCCUCUUCCUGACCUCUAAAUGUUAGCAACCUCAGGGCCCUGCUCCUAGACCUCUUCCCUUCUUUAGUGUCAAUCCCUGAGAGGUCCUGACCAUUCCCACAGGCUUACAUAUGUGAUGUACUUAGGUGACCAGCGUAGCGCCUCCCCGAGCACCAGAAUUCCAGGUGCCUGUGUCCAGUUGCCUUUUUCGGUGGUUCUCAAAGUGUACUCCCCACCAGCAUCGGUGUUGCCUGGGAACUUGUUAAAAAUGCAAAUUCUUGAGCCCAUCCCUGUAGGCACACCUCGUUUUACUGCUCUUUGCAGAUAUCGCAGUUUUUACAAGACCCUCCACCAGCAGAAAGAUUAUCACUCACUGAAGGCUCAGGUGAUGGGUAACAUUUUUUAGCACUGAAGUAUUUUUUAGCUAAGAUAUGUAUGUUGUUUUUAAGACAUGAUGCCAUUGCACACUUAAUAGACUACGGUAUAGUGUAAACGUAACUUUUAUAUGCACUGGGAAAGCAACAGCUUCAGGGGACUCGCUUUCUUGUGAUAUUCGCUUUAUUGCGGUGGUCUGGAACCGAACCUGCAGUAUCUCCGGCGUCUGCCUGCCCCUGAAUCAGAAAGUCUGGGGGCGGGGCCCAGAAGUUUGGGUUUUAACAAGCCUCCCAGAUGUUUCUGUUGUUUGCUGAAGUCUGUAGACCACGGGGCUACUCGGUCUCUCCCCGGGGUCCUCAGACAUCUGACUCUGGGCUCCGCCAUCUACCUUUUUUGCUGCGAUCUCCUAUAUCACUUGUUGGCUUCAGCGUCCGUCCAUGCAAGGGCUCAAGUCACUGUGAUCCAUUAUCUACCCAGCGGCCAGAGUGAUCUUUUAAAAAUAUAAAUCAGAUGAUAUUCUCUUGCCUUGAAACCCUCCAAUGGCGCCCACUGCUCUUGAGAUUAGAUCCAAGCCUUUGCCCUGGUCUACAGAGCAGCCCCUGCUAAUCCCUCUGGCCUCGUCUUCUCAUGUUCCCUCUCACUUACUGUGCUCCAGCUGCCCAGGUCUCCGCUCAAGUGUAUCUCACCAACACCGAGCUCUGUCCAGCCUCAGGGCCUUUGCACUUGCUGGCCCAUUGCACUUGCUGGCCCAUUGCCUGGUCUGCCCUCCUGCAGCCUUUCAGGUGGCUGGCGUCUUUGCAUCCUUUAGGUCACAGCUCAACCAUCCUUCCUCAAAGACAUUGCCCUGCCCUGUCUAAAGUGCACCUCACAAACCCACCAACCCCUGCCUUUCUCACCACACUGUUUACUUCUUGCAUAACCUUUCACACUAUUGUAUUAACUUGUUUAUUUAUGACCUUACCCCACUCCUACUCCCUCUAUAUUAUAAACUCCAAAAGGACAGAAACCCUGUCUGUCUUGUUCUCUAAUGUAUCUUUAAUACCCAGCUCAGUGCUUGACACAUAGCAGGUUCUCAACAAAUAUUUGUUGAAUUAACAAAUAAAAUUAGCUUUUACCUGCCUCUGCCAGGUCUCCCUUGUUAUGAGGUAGAGACCUCCCCUGCUGGCAGACUGGGCACUUGGGCCUGUGGGGGUCGUGGCCUGCCGGCCCCGGAGUGCCUUGUUUCUCCACAUUCCUGGACAGCCUCUCCCACCACUGUCCUUUCCAGUUAAUUUCCCACCUCCCCCUAUGAUAUGUGUAGUCUAUUAUGACCAUAAUAUUUAUUAAUUAUAACAAAAUGUCAUUGAACUUCUAAACCUUUGAAAGGCUUUAUAUGAAAAAGUUCAUAAUUCAAUAAUAUUGAGUAAAAAGUCAGACACAAAAGAGUACAUACUAUGUGUGCAAUUCCAUUUCUUUGACAUUCAAAACCAGGCCAUGUUAAUCUAUGAUAUGAGUCAGGAUAGUGGCUGCCCUUGUUAGGGGUUCUGACUGGGGGCACAUGAGGGAGCCUUCUGGUGCUGGAAAUGUUCUGUAUUUGAUCUGGAGAGUGAGUAUACGUAUAUAAAGUGUGCACCGAGUGUAUGCAUAAGAUUUGUGCACUUUAUAGAAGUUAUACCUCAAUUAACAAAUCUAAAUCAGUAAAUAAAAAUACCUUCAAGAAAGGAGAGAGACUCAGAGAGAAUUGUGUCAAAGCACAAGUCUACUCCUGUUUGGGGUCUGUGAGGUGUGGACGGGUGCCCAGUCCCCCUGUCCCCGCCCCUCCCUCUUGCCUGGACAAGGCGAGCACCUGCAUGUUGCAGUUAUCAGAGCCGGCCCGGCAGAGGCUGCCUCCCCAGUCCCGUGAUGUGGCCCCGUUUCCACCUGAUUCUGGAUGACCUUGAGGACACGGGGGUGUUGCUGGGAAAGCAGGGGAGGAAAGGGGCAGAUUCUAGGUGGUGGAGCAGGCGUCCAGCUGCGGUCCCCAGGUCUCUGUGCCUGCUGUCCCGUCCUGGGGAGAAGAGGCCCAUUGGAUCGGAUGGAAAACAGGCCCCAGGUCAUAGUGGGGCAGGACUGGAAUCCCGGACUGGUGGCCUUAAGAGCCUCUAACGUCUAGGGGCCCUUGGAGGUUGGAAGCAGAGGAUCGCAGGGAGCAGGCUCGAGUAAGGCUGCCCUGCGUUGCAAUCCGGCCCGUGCAUGGCGUGGCAGGUGAGCGUGCCCGAGCUGGAGGACCGCCUCCAGUGCCCCAUCUGCCUGGAGGUCUUCAAGGAGCCCCUGAUGCUGCAGUGCGGCCACUCCUACUGCAAGGGCUGCCUGGUGUCCCUGUCCCGCCACCUGGACUCGGAGCUGCGCUGCCCCGUGUGCCGGCAGGAGGUGGAUUGCAGCAGCUCCCCACCCAAUGUCUCCCUGGCGCGGGUGAUCGAAGCCCUGCAGCUCCCCGGGGACCCAGAGCCUACGGUCUGUGCACACCACCGGAACCCGCUCAGCCUCUUCUGUGAGAAGGACCAGGAGCUCAUCUGCGGCCUCUGCGGCCUGCUGGGCUCCCACCAGCAGCACCGGGUCACGCCGGUCUCCACCGUCUACAGCCGCAUGAAGGAGGAGCUUGCGGCCCUCAUCUCUGACCUGAAGCAGGAGCAGCAGAAGGUGGAUGAGCAUAUUGCCAAACUGGUGAACAACAGGACCCGGAUUGUCAAUGAGUCCGAUGUCUUCAGCUGGGUGAUUCGCCGAGAGUUCCAGGAGCUGCACCACCUGGUAGAUGAGGAGAAGGCCCACUGUCUGGAGGGGGUGGAGGGUCACACCCGGGGCCUCGUGGCCUCCCUGGACAUGCAGCUGGAGCAGGCCCGGGGCACUCGGGAGCGGCUGGUCCAGACCAAGCUUGUGCUGGAGCAGUUCAGUAACGAGAGUCACCACGAGUUCAUCCGGAAGUACCACUCCAUGGUCUCCAGAGCAGAUCUCCAGCAGGCCCGGCCCUUGGAAGGCGUGUUCAGCCCCAUCUCCUUCAAGCCAGGCCUCCACCAGGCUGACAUCAAGCUGACUGUGUGGAAAAGGCUCUUCCGCAAGGUUCUGCCAGCCCCGGAGUCCCUCAAGCUGGACCCUGCCACUGCCCACCCUCUCCUGGAGCUCUCCAAGGGCAACACGGUGGUGCAGUGUGGCCUCCUGGCCCAGCGGCGUGCCAGCCAGCCUGAGCGCUUCGACUACAGUACCUGUGUCCUGGCCAGCCGGGGCUUCUCCUGCGGCCGCCACUACUGGGAGGUGGUGGUGGGCAGUAAGAGUGAUUGGCGCCUGGGGGUCAUCAAGGGCACAGCCAGCCGCAAGGGCAAGCUGAGCAAGUCCCCAGAGCAUGGCAUGUGGCUCAUCGGCCUGAAGGAGGGCCGGGUGUACGAGGCCUUCGGCUGCCCACGGGUGCCCCUGCCUGUGGCUGGCCACCCCCACCGCAUUGGCAUCUACUUGCACUAUGAGCAAGGAGAGCUCACCUUCUUCGAUGCUGACCGCCCUGAUGACCUGCGGCCACUCUACACAUUCCAGGCUGACUUCCAGGGCAAGCUCUACCCCAUCCUGGACACAUGCUGGCACGAAAGGGGCAGCAACUCACUGCCCAUGGUGUUGCCCCCGCCCAGUGGGCCUGGCCACCUCACCCUCCCACAGCCCACCAAGCUGUAGGGCUGCUCGCGGCGCUGCCUGACCACAGGCUUUCCCAGCUGGGCAGGGCGACUCAGAGGCUGCGCUGGGUCCAGCCAGCAGAGGUGACGUCUUUACUGUUUAGGAAAGUCUUCAUGCCUGUGUGUCCCUAAAAACAUUUAAUGAUAAGGAGAAAAGGACCAUAACCCCUUCCCCAUCAGCCAGGGGCGUGGUUAUUAACCAUUUGCCAGGUUACUAACCUGCUUGUUAACCAGCAAAGUUAGGCCUUGGUGUCCACGGGUCAAGCUGGGCUUCCCUGGGUCCCUCCUAACCAAAGAGUAACCUCUCUGCUUACUUUUCCGGGUGAGGAUGGAAACAUUCCCACACGUACUUUUUCCUUAUCAUUGUGAACUUAAAAUAACUUUAAUAAAUUUGACAUUCUUUCGUUCUCUUUAAA